AUGUCUUCGUCAUCAACACCUUACUUUUUUCGUUUUGCAAAAGACCUCUCGCAGCUUCCUUUCCGAACAAUGGAAUGGAAGUACACAUGCCUUUCAUUGUAUAGACAAAUUUUAAAACAACAUUCACGAAAAUUGGUUCCACAACAGCGAUUCCUCGGAGAUGCAUACGUAAAACAAGAAUUUAAAUUAAAUAAAACAGGAGAUGAACAAUAUGCGAGACCUUUUGUUGAAGAAUGGAUGCAUUAUUAUAAUAUUUUGGCAGAGUCGGAAUCACCAGGAGAGAUUGGGCAAGAGUUUCCUCAUGAAGAAUAUGAAACAAUGUCUAAAGAACAACAAGAACAGUUUUUAAAAUUAAAAGAAGAAACCGAAAAGGUUAGAGAAUAUCUGAAAGAAGUUGCAAAACCUGAUUGGAAAUCAGCUACAAUUGAAAAGAAUUAA